AUGACUCCUCCUGUUGCUGUCACGGCUCCUCCAGGUGCUGCUGCAGCUGCAGCAGCACCUGCCGUCCCUCCUCCCAUCACUCCCUCUGCAUUCAACAUUUGUGUAUCCCGUAUCUCCUCAGAAGCAGCAAGCGUCAUCGACGAGAGAAUUCUCGCCGGAGGUGCUCCUGGCUCCGAGUAUGCCAACGCUGUGACCUCAUCUUCUUCUGCCUCUUCCAGCAACAUCAAUACGAUCACUGGCUUACGCAAACAUCGUCAUAACCCGGAAGGCAUUUUCUGCACCACUGUCGGGUGCAACAAGGGAGACCACGAUCAUGCUCACUGCUACGGGAAGGGUGGCGGGAUGGAAGGACAGGCGCCAUGGAUGAAGAAUAAGAGGAAGGACAAAGACAUGGCUGCAGCUGCAAUCGUGCCUUCCCCUCCUCCUGUACCACCUCCACUACCAUCCUCCACAGUCAUCGCUGCCUAUGCUGAUGCGACGGCUGUGUCUCACACCUUCCUGGCCGAUCUCUCAGUGCUUCCAUUGUGGAUAUCCCUGACGCACAGUCCGCUAAUGUCACAGCUCUUUGCAAUCUCGUCGCUGUGGGGUUCAAUACCAUUCUGGACUCGGGAACUAUGA